GUAGGACCUGUCACUUGGUUGCAGCGAUGGCGAUCUUUAGCGUGUACGUGGUGAACAAAGCCGGCGGCCUCAUUUACCAGUACGACAGCUACUCGCCGCGGUCCGAGGCGGAGAAAACCUUCAGUUACCCCCUCGACCUGCUGCUCAAGCUCCACGAUGAACGCGUGCUAGUGGCCUUCGGCCAGCGCGACGGCAUCCGGGUGGGCCACGCGGUGCUGGCCAUCAAUGGGUCGGACGUCAACGGCAAGUACACGUCCGAGGGGAAGGAGGUGCUGGAGUACCUGGGCAACCCGGCCAACUACCCGGUGUCCAUUCGGUUCGGCCGGCCCCGACUCACCUCCAAUGAGAAGCUCAUGUUGGCUUCUAUGUUCCACUCGCUCUUCGCGAUCGGCUCCCAGCUGUCCCCAGAACAGGGCAGCUCAGGCAUUGAGAUGCUGGAGACGGAUGCUUUCAAGUUGCACUGCUUCCAAACGCUGACUGGAAUCAAGUUUGUGGUACUAGCGGAUCCUCGGCAAGCUGGCAUAGAUUCCCUUCUCCGAAAGAUUUAUGAGAUUUACUCAGACUUUGCCCUCAAGAAUCCAUUCUACUCCCUGGAAAUGCCCAUCAGGUGUGAGCUGUUUGAACAGAACCUGAAGUCGGCCCUGGAGGUGGCUGAAAAGGCUGGAACUUUUGGGCCUGGCUCAUAGGCUGAACCAGCAGCAAGCCCUACACCUCGUAUCCCACUGUGGUUCUCCUGCACGGGCCACACAGAGGGAGACUCCAGCCACUGUAAUUGUGCACUUGAAAACGGGAGGAUGCUGAGCCUGAAGAUGUGUCAAUCCCCGAGCCUUAAUCCCCUUUCUCCCGCCUGUGUCUGUCCUGGGCCUGCUACCCCUCUGUACAGCUUUAUUUAUGAUGGCAGCAGGCCCUACAUGCUCCAUGUAGUAAACAUUCCUGUAAGCUAA